AUGGCUAACAACGAUCAAGCUAAGACGCAAAACUCCUUUAUCAGGACAUGUUGCUGCUUCUAUAAUGGAGAGAACAAGGGAGAUAAUGGAAACCGCAAAAACUACGACAACGAGGAAAGCUAUUAUCGAACUGAUGUAGACCAUGAGAGAUCUCUAUAUCAAAAUAAAUGUGUAGCAAAAUCCAUCACCAACUCUUUCGCUUAUUGUUCAUGGCCGUCUACAAACGAAGAUCCUCUAGUGGAUCAAGAUUCCAGUGAAGGUGCAAGCGACUUUGUUGAGUCUGGUCUUUAUCAGGCUAUCCGUAAGUCCCUCACGUUGCCACAGCCAGAAGGCUAUUUUGGCAAAACCUGUGUUGGAAUUAAAUAUUUAAAUCAAUGUUUCGUUUUCAAACAGUGGCAUUAUCAGAUCGUAAUUAAAGCUAGAAAAAAUCUUCGACAAGGAGCAAUGCGUUUAUCUAAAUUAGAGCAUAGAAAUGUUAUCAGGGUACUACAAUUCUAUCUAGAAUUCAACGGAGUUGUAGAGGAAUCUGGAGCUGAAAGUUUAAGUGAUCGUAUGAUUGAUAUGAAUCCAAACAGAUUAUUAAGGUGCUACCAACGUUAUGUAAUCCUUUCCAAUGUGGUUGAAGGAUUAUCCCACCUACAUUCGAAAGAAAUCGUUCAUAACAACCUAACAGGGAAAAAUAUAAUUCUCACCAGUGAUGGCACCGCUAAAAUAACUCAUGGUGGCUAUUAUACGGUCUUUCCAGAAGCAAUAUCUAAUAUCAAAGUAGAUGGAUUUAAAAAUUCUCAGAACAAACUAGGUUAUUACAGUUCCAACGCAUACAAUGGAAUAGUUGAAAAAUCCAAUGACAUAUUCAGUCUAGGGGCGGUAAUCUUUCUGCUGUUAUGUGGGAAAGAGCCAUAUUUGUGUACUGAAAACGGAAAAGAUGUUGAUGCGAGAUCAAUACUUCAAGACAAGAAAAAGCGAAAAACUCUAAAAGAUAAACGGAUCAAAUGGGCGAAAAAUCCCCAACUUUCUACUACUACAUAUAGAAAAUGUUUAGUAUCAAUCGCUAAAAAUUGUAUGAAGGAAAAAUUAAGCGAAAGACUGAGUAUUUAUCAGAUCAAGAAAACACUGCGAAGCUGUUUGGAUAUUUAUUUCAGCGGUACUGAUGAUAUGCUAACUACAGGAUAUGUAUCAGUGAACGAUUGUGAUGAUGAAUAA